UCCGUUUAAUUUUUUUUGUUACUUGAUUCGAUUUUGUUACAAUUGAUUGAUUGAUUCAAAACAAUUGAAAAAUGGCUAAUAAUGAGCCUCAUCAAACAAAUGUCAAUGAUAAACGAUUAUUCAACCCGACGGAUGCCACGAUGGAAUUCAAAAUGACCAUGGAAGAUAUUUGUCUGGAAGCUGGUUAUUAUCUACAUAAAAAACCAUUAGGUGAAGGUGGUUUUGGUAAAGUUCGUCUAGCUACACAUCUUCGUACCAAUCAAAAAGUAGCGAUUAAAAUGAUGAACAAACAAAAAUUGGGCCAAGAUUUACAACGUGUUCGUAUCGAAGUUGAAGCCUUGAAAGUUUUACAACAUGAUAAUAUAGCGAAAAUGCUGCAAAUCAUUGAAACUGAUACCGAUAUUUAUUUGGUUCUUGAGUAUUGUAGUGGUGGUGAAUUAUUUGAUUAUUUAAUUUCUAAACGGCGUUUGACUGAAACAGAAGUUCGUAUCAUUAUGAAAGAUUUAUUCAAAGUUUUACUUUAUAUUCAUAAUCGUGGUUUUGCACAUCGUGAUCUGAAGCCGGAAAAUAUUCUAUUUGAUCAUAAUCAUCGAAUUAAAUUGAUUGAUUUUGGUUUGGCAGCCAAUUCUUCGAAAAACAAAGCAGCAUUGGCAUUUUUACAAACUUGUUGUGGAAGUCCUGCUUAUGCCGCACCGGAAUUACUUCGUGGACUCACUUAUUCGGGACCGGCUGUCGAUGUUUGGAGUGCUGGUGUUCUCCUUUAUUCUUUGAUUGUAGGCCAACUGCCAUUCGAUGAUGAAAAUAUGAAUAAUUUGUAUAAGAAAAUUCAAAUCGGACGUUUUAUGAUGCCCCAAUGGCUUUCAGCUGAUGUACGUGAUUUAAUCUCGGCAAUGUUACGUACAAAUCCAGCUGAACGUAUAACAGUUGCAAAAGCCUUAGAUCAUCGUUGGAUACGUAAAGGAUUCACAGCUCUAUCACCAUCCGUACCGCCACCAAUUUCACAACGUUGUCCACUUUCACCUCAAUCAAUCGACCAGAAAAUAUUCUCUUAUCUCGAACAAUUAUUUCCACAAAUGUCCGAGGUUGAAUUACGUGGACGUUUAAAAUUAUUUGGUUAUGUAACUGCGACUUAUUUAUUACUCAAACAUGAUCCACAAUCCAUAAAGGCCGUACAAGAAUUGUUACAAUCUCGAAUGAAACCAUUGGCUCAACAACAACAAGAAUUAUCCACCAUUGUUCAUCAUCAACCGCCACCUGCUCGUAUUGCAGCCAUAAAACGUAAAUUACAACUUGAUUGUGAUAUCAAUCAUAAUCAAGAACAACAAACACCAUCAUCAAGUGGUGGUGCUGGAACAAUGGAACCAGUUGCUAAAAAAAUUGCAAGAGAAAAUUUGUCGACACCAAAAAAACCCGUAUUAUUAAAUGGUAUACAACAGCAUUCAACAACACCGAAAACACCGAAUAUUCCAUUAUUAGCUGAACGUAAACAAAUGUUGGUUAAUAGCGCCAAUGCUACAAAAUAUUCACCAGCAUCAAUAAGAGUAGCAGCUACACGAUUAACACCACAACAAGCUCGAAAGAUAAAAUCACCAAAACUAAAGAAACCGGUGAUGAAUGAUGAAAAUUGUUCGACAAUUAAAAAUCAAUCAAUCAAAAGUCCAUUGACUAACAACAACAACGGUGUAACAACUGUUAAAAGUCCAUUACGUGAUAUGCGUAAUCAGGUUCUAUCUCCAAAUUCGUCGAUUAACGACAAUAAACAAACGAUCCAAUCAAUUAAACAAUCACCACGAAAAACAACUAUGGUAACACCAACUAAAUCAUCUACAUCAUCUUCAACGAAAAAAUCAUUGCUUCGACGUUUAAUGGCAUCGGCAACACCGACGGCUAAAUCUCAUCAUUCAUCACCAAGAAAAUUGGACGCAUCCACGCCAUCCAAUAAUAUAACAAUGACAUCAUAUAAGGAACCACAAGAAUGUUUGGAUCAUUUAACACUCACGUUACGUUCAAAAGGUGUUGAAUGUAAACAAAAAAACUUUACCUUAAAAUGUUUCUUUACUGAUCGUAUACAUUCAUCAUUGAAAUUUGAAUUGGAAAUUUGUCGAUUCAAUGGCCUAUGUGUUAUUCAUCGUAAACGUUUGAAUGGUGAUGCAUGGAAUUAUAAGAAAAUUUGUGAAUUAAUCUUACAAUUAAGCAAUGAACAACAAUUGGCCGCAUUGAACAGUAGAAGCAAUAGUGGCAAUAAAACAAUGACACAACAGCAACAACAACCAUCACCUUGUGUCAUUGAAACCGAGACCCGAGUUUGAUAAAAGCGC